CUUGGUCCGUUGGAUGUGUAACUCACACACCAGCACACACCCACACUCACACGCUGGAGACAAGGAAAUAUCAACACGACAGGUGUCCUCUGACCCGGGACAAAAUGAGGACAUUCCUGACUGUGAUAACACUUUGUUGUGCGACAAAAGUGGUUCUAUGUGCUCUGGAUGAACCAAGGAACGCCCGAUUGACCUCCUGGAACAUGGACCUUGUUCUGCGGUGGGAUUCGCCUGGAGACCCAGCGGUCCACUAUACAGCAGAGUUCAACUCGACGGUGUUCAAGUUCAGGCCUGGUUGUGUUAACACCAGUGCCCUCUACUGUGACUUCACCGAUGAGGCCAGUUCCCUGACCGUGUACGGGACGUACAUAGGUCGAGUGAGGGCCCAGCGGGGUCAGGAGAGUUCCGUCUGGGUGGAGAGCGGGCCCUUGACCCUGGAUAAGAACACCACCAUAGGUCCCCCCAACGUCACCCUGGUCUCCCAUGGGGUCCACAUGACCAUAAACAUCAGAGACCCUGUCUUCCGUAUCUCAAAGAUGAGGGAGGUCUACAACCAAGCCAGCUACAACAUCACCUACUGGAAAGAGGGCAAGGAGGGCAAGGCCCAGAGUCUAAUUGUGCAGCAGAACCCAGUGGUCCUGAGUGACCUGGAGCCCUUGAGCCGCUACUGUGUGAAGGUGCACAUCAGCUUGCAGCACAACCACAGAGCCGGCGACGAGAGCAGGGUCACCUGUGAGAAGACGGCUGACCGAGAAAGGACUCCGUGGCUGGAGGCAGUGCUGAGCUUUGUUGUCAUGGUGAUGGUGGUGACCGUGGUGGUGGUGGCAGUUCUCUAUCGCAAGAGGCUCUCCAGCUUCCUCUGUCCCAGCGUCUCGCUGCCGCAGCACUUCAAAGAGAACGUAUUUGAGACCUCCAGUUCACCCAUCUCCGUGGCCAUGGAGAACUAUCGCCCCCCUGUGGAAACUUACGACCAGGUCAACGUCAUGACCACGGAGCACAACACGGACGAGGUGCGCCCUCUAGCGGCGGAAGAGGACCAGUGCAGUGCUCGAUUUCCAACCGCAGAGUACCCGAGGCCUGAAUAAUGGAAAGUGUGCCUUAUAGAAGCACAACAUGAUGUGACCCGAGAGACGAAAGCUGAGCUGCUCGGAUGUGGUGCGCGGUCGAGGUUUCAGAAAGCCUGUAUGGAUUACUCUGGAAAAAGUGAUUUUGUUUCAGAGAGCAAUGGAUUAUAUUGAAUUGCAACAGCCGAAUCCAUUCAAAGUCCAGGUGUAAACUGGCUGGGAUCCCAGGCUCAACGUGGCUCUGAGAGGGGAAUGAAUCCACGCUGAGGGUUUCCCCUGGACCAGAGUGACUUCUCAGUCGGACCUGUAGCCUGUUGUACCGCAGGUCAAAGGGUCCCCCCGGAGCUGGACGGAGCCAUUAGAGACAAUCGAAUGAACAGAGGGUUAUUUUAGAUCCUAUUUUCCACUGUGGAAGGUAAAAAGAUACUGUUAUAAGAGUAAGACCUUGCCUGCAACCAACCUUGAACACAAAACAUGAAUCUUACGGUUUGGAAUGUAACUGGAUGAAUGAUUUAUAGUUGUACUGUACGGCCAUUAAAAAAUAUAAUUGGAAUUAGAUAUAACUAUCAUGUAACAGACUACUGUGAGAUUGGCUGUCUGUACAAACAUUGAUCAGAGUCAGUCAGCCAACUUUAAACUGUAUUAUGUAUUGAUACAGUUUAGUCUGUAUUUUUUAAAACGUUAUUAAUGGGCAUGCAUGCAUACAAUAAAACACUUAAA